CCCAGCGCCCGAUGUCUGCCUCCCGUCCUCCUGCCCUCCCGCCCCAACCGCUGCCAAGUUACUUCGCCCGAACCGAGGGGGUAGCCGCCGGGAUCAUGGGCACGGAAGGGCCGCUCUGGAGGAAGGUGCAGUCUUUCAGCGGGCCCGUUCCCCGCUCCCGGCACGGACACCGCGCCGUGGCCAUCCGGGAACUCAUCAUCGUGUUCGGCGGAGGGAACGAGGGCAUCGCCGAGGAGCUGCACGUCUACAACACUGUGUCCAGGCAGUGGUUCCUGCCAGCGGUCCGGGGAGACAUUCCGCCCGGGUGUGCUGCUCAUGGCUUUGUGUGCGAGGGGACCCGUGUCUUGGUCUUCGGGGGGAUGUUGGAGUACGGAAAGUACAGCAACAGCCUCUAUGAGCUACAGGCCAGUCGGUGGCUGUGGAAGAAGCUGAAACCCAGGCCGCCGAGGAAUGGUGCGCUUCCUUGCCCCCGCAUUGGUCACAGCUUUACCCUCCUUGGCAACAAGUGUUACCUAUUUGGAGGGCUGGCAAAUGACAGCAACGAUUCCAACAGCAACAUUCCCAGGUACCUGAAUGACUUCUACGAGCUGGAACUGCAGGCCACGUCGGGGGUGAAGGGCUGGAACGUCCCAGAAACUAAGAAUGGAGGUCCCUCAGCUCGCGAGUCGCAUGCCGCAGUGGCCUACUGCACCAAGAACAGCCACUCACCCAGACUCUACAUCUUUGGGGGGAUGAAUGGGAAACGGUUGGAUGACCUUUGGCAACUGGACAUCGAAACCAUGGCCUGGUCAACACCUGAAACAAAAGGGCCCCCUCCUCUUCCCAGAAGUCUUCACUCUGCGAAUGUCAUUGGAAACAAGAUGUAUGUAUUUGGGGGAUGGGUUCCCGUGGUGAGGACCGAGGACAAGCCAAACGCCUUAGGAGCUGAGUGGAUCUGCACUAACUCCUUGUCUGUGCUUAACCUUGACACCAUGACGUGGCAGAGCCUGGGCCCGGAUCAGCAGCAGGACGACGGCAAAGCCAGCGGACCCCGUGCUCGGGCUGGUCACUGUGCUGCUACCACAGGCUCGCGGCUCUACAUUUGGAGUGGCCGCGAUGGCUACAGGAAGAGCUGGAACUGCCAGGUGUGCUGUAAGGACCUGUGGUACCUGGAGACAGAGAGGCCCUCCAAGCCAGCAGCCGUUAUGCUUGUUAAAGCCACCAUCAGCACGCUCCAUGUGGCGUGGCGCCCCCUACCUGCUGCGGAGAGCUACCUGCUGCAGCUUCAGCCAACCGCAGCGUCUCAAAUGCCGUCCGCAAACUCCUCAUGCUCCACGCCUUCCAAUCAGAAGCCCACGCAAGGACACGGGGCAGAGGAGGAGCCUAUGCAAUGCUCCAUAGUGUCCCAGUCUUCCCAAGACCAAAUCAGUACUUCCUUAAGUGUCACCUCACCUCAUGCAAGUGGUUGCACUCCCUCUGGACAGGGUCCCUCCCGCUCUGACCUGGUGAGGCAGGAGGAGACACCAAUGGAGGUGCUGGACAGCAAUGGGAACCGCUCUCUGGCAGAAGUGCUGGGUGCAAGUGGGAGCACCUUUACCUCCAGGACAGAAAUGGGACAUGCCAACCAAACCGCUUCACUAACUACCUCAGCUUCGGCACCCAUCAGCCCAGCAAACACGGUGCCGGCGCCGGGGAGGCGGUCAUGGGAUUUGGAUACGUGGUAUGAUGUCGGACUGUUAAAAACCCUUUUCUCAGAAGUCACCCACUACUACCUUCCGCCAGAGAAAAACGAGUCCACAUCAAAGAAGCCUCCCGAGCCACAGGACUUCGAGGGUCGGGAGAAACAGAAGCUCGUUCCUGGGGCUGCGUACAGGUUCCGAGUGGCGGGUGUCAACCCUUGUGGCCAAGGAGACUUCAGUCCUGUUGUCGAGUUUAAAACUUGCCAGCCUGGCUUCCCUGGAGCACCAUCUGCGGUCAAGAUCACGAAGACAUCUGACUCUGUUCACAUCACCUGGGAGCCUCCCACCUCCCCAUCUGGAAAGAUCCUGGAGUACUCCAUGUACCUGGCCGUCCGGAAGGCCCGCUCGGGCAGUGCUGCCGACCCUCCGGGUCAGAUGGCCUUUAUCCGCAUUUACCGCGGGACCAAGACUGCAUGCACAGUCAGCUCUGCCCAGCUGAGCAACGCGCACAUCGACUGCUCCGGCCGGCCUGCUGUGGUCUUCCGCAUCGCUGCCAAGAACGAGCAGGGCUACGGUCCUGCCACGCAGAUCCGGUGGCUGCAGUAUACAGGCAAACUGAAGCAAACACAGUCUCACGGAGUUCCUACAGACAAACACAGAACAGAUUGGAAACAGCAGUCAGGUCCAACUCUAGACAAAAUUGAAGCCAAGACAUGAACUGGGCUCAUUGGUAAAUGGCUUAAAAUAUAGUUUUAUAUUUAUUUUUUUUAACUAUUGUCAGUGUUUGCGUGUGGGCGUAUACACGUGGACUGGACACGCAAAUACUUGUAUAUUUUUUAUCAGGAGUAGUGUUGUUGUUGUUGUU